UUAGUCUUCCCCCAUGUGCCGGUAGAAGCAGAGUGCUAGCAAGAGAACGAGUCCCCGACAUGUCUGCAGAUAAAGGAGAAGUGGAUCUUAGCGGAGCGAAGCAGAAUACCGGCAUGUGGCUGGUUAAGCUUCCAAAGUACUUGGCUCAGCAGUGGGCAAAAGCCACAGGAAGGGGUGAAGUCGGAAAACUGCGAAUUGCCAAAAACCAAGGGAAGACAGAGGUAUCAUUUACCCUAAAUGAAGAGCUAACUAGUAUACAGGAUAUGGGAGGAAAAUCUGCCCCAACUUUUGUUACUGCACCCAGGGAACAUCCUUUUCAAUUACAGAACGUAGGAGGACAGACGCUAACCGUGUUCACUGAGAGCUUAUCAGGUCUAUCUGAAGAAAAGCUGGAGAGCAGGACAACUGACAAACUGGCCAUUGAGGGUAUAGUUGUGCAGCGUGCCGAAUGCCGACCAGCAGCCAAUGACCAUUACAUGCAGAUGAAGAGGCGACAGAUUGAAGAAUCUUCUAAACCAAAGAGACAAUCUCAGCAAAUUGAAAAAGCCGUGACAACAAAUUACAAGCCAGUGGCCAACCAUCAGAGCAAUAUUGAAUACUUGAAGAAGAAAAAAGACGAUGGAAAGCGUGCACGUGCGGACAAGCAGCAGGUUUUGGACAUGCUGUUUUCUGCUUUUGAAAAGCAUCAGUAUUACAACAUUAAAGAUUUAGUAGACAUUACAAAACAACCCGUGCAAUAUCUGAAAGAAAUAUUGCGAGACAUUGGCAUUUACAAUGUAAAAGGAACUCACAAAAACACUUGGGAACUGAAGCCAGAGUACAGACAUUACCAAGGAGAAGAUAAAAGUGACUAACGGCGUGUUGUAUGGACGAGAGGCAGUGGGGAGCUGAUCACAUCGCAGGCUUGGUUUUUACUUUUCUAUUAAUGAUCAGCCGCACAAUGCAAAAGGCGAAGAGCGGAUGGGGAACCCCUUACUCCUGAGCACAGUGCCUUUGUCUGCAGAAGGCUCCUGUCUAUAGUCCUUUGUGCAUUUGCUUCUAUUCAGAUGUGUGUAGUCUAUUUUUCUAAAAUCCCCUUUGGGAUGAGAACAUUCCCCCCUCCGGCAAUAAAAGUUUUGUUUUAUUCUAUA